GUGAGAUGGUCAUUGCCAGUGUAAGCCACCAUCGCUCGUGCACUUUUCUAGCUGAUCAACAUGGCAUGCUGAUCCUUGCAUGAAUCUUGACAAACUGGAUUCGAACCAAAGGGCCUCAUGGGCUCGAGGAUGGUCCAAAUGCGCCGUCCAAAUGCUGACCUCGACGCGGGCGACGUGUGUUUUGGGGACUGCACCCUGGCUCAUGUGAGAAUGAUCUCUGUAGGGCACGAAGCUCCUUCAGAACUUGGCUCCACUUCCAUAUGAGUCAGUCGGAGUGUAUGAUGCUUGUGGCAUGCCCCCCUUCCCUCCGCCAGGAACCGGUUUGUCCAUCCGUGAUGCGGAAUUCCGCUCGGGCUCUGCUGAGAUCCCCUUGAUUCUCAGCAUCAAGAACAGCCAGACAGAGACCACCAUGUACGUGCGGAACAUCCCCAUGUCGGCCGUGCUGGAUCGCGGGGGUUUGGAGCAACGCUGGGUCGCCGUCUAUCCUCCAGGUGAUCCCCUGAACUUGCACUUUGACCCCAAUCAGCUCCCUCGCGAUGGGUCUCCUCAGGUCUGCCUCAGCGUGGCGGUGCAUGAAGACCUUUUAGCCACGGUGGCAAACUUGCCAACGCAAAGCGACUCCAGCGCCUUCAGUAGCUUUCCGCGUUUCUCCCCCGAAGCACGGCUGAGUGAAGGCGUCGUUGCUUCUGACAAGGUCGAUCAGCUCAGACGCUCCAUCAGCUCCUUACAGGCAGAGAUGAAGCUCUCGCAAGAGCGCGAGAUCGAGCGCCCCAGUGCCGGGGCACUGGGCGUCGCCUUUGCUCGGGAGAGCCUGUUGCCGGUGGCUGGCGGUAGCCAUCCUGGCUCCCGUGGUCCGGGCAGUGAGCUGGUCUCAGCCGAUUUGGCACCCUGGCCCUCCAUCGCGCCAGCCAAGAACAAGGUGGAGUUGGAUUCAUGGCUGAAGGAGAAGGAACGGCAGGCACAAAAGAUCAAGGAGCACGUGGAAGAUAUGGCCAAGGCGCAGCGGCGCGCAGAGGAUGUGGGGCGAAGCCUGCAGGGACAGCUAGAUCUACUAGCAGAGCUUCGCCGCCGCUGCCGGGCCGCGGAGGCAAGCCUCGCUGAGACCAAGCGCCAGUGGCAGGACUUGGAACAUCAAAAGGACUGCCUUCAACAAGAAGAGGCGGAUCUUCAUCACCAAAUCUCCUUGCGCGAUCAGGAGUUUCAGGAGCUUCGUGCCAAGAGAGAUGAGGCGGACAGGCAGCUGUCCAGAGCGCUGGCCGAGCAAGGGUUGCAGCGGAAUAACUUGGAGGCUUCCGCGAAGAGCUUUCAGUUGCAAGCACAG